ACUCCACUCAGUGCUACAACAACACGUUACAAAAGUCUAGUGUUUUUAGUUUAGUAACGGUGUUAUUUAUUGUUUUUCCGGGUUUUAUGGAGUGACAGAAGCGAAGAGAAGCGGUGUUUGGGACUAUUAAAUGCUUGUGGAGGGUUUAACGUCUCAUUCGAUUCCUCACUCCUAUAUACUUUUCCAGUUUUUACAUUUAAAGUUGCCUCAAGGGUCCAUCAGGGAUGUCGGCUCCAAACUCUGCAGCAAGGAAAGCCUGCUGGGAGGCCAGAGACAAACUGUGGAAGUGUCUGGAUGACAAUGGCGACAAAGCUGAAUCCUGCCAGAAGUUCCAGAGCGAGUUUGAGGGAAAUUGCCCGGCGCAAUGGGUGAAAUAUUUCACCAAGAGGAGAGACUUCCUUAAAUACAGAGAGAAGAUGCAGACAGAAGGCUUCACGCCAGCUGAAGGCCCCAAUCAGCCCUCCUAACCACCGGACGUCAGACCAUCACGAUCUGCAGACUGACUGACUUGUUUUUCAGACCAGGCCCAGUGGCGCAGGACUUGGAGUGGAGUUUCCCCAUUAUCAUUAUUUAUUUCUACCGAUGUAAGCUGCAUGAUAAUAUGCAACCCAUGCAUAUUAGCAGCUCCAUCUGCCAGCAUCUAUCUGAGCUGCCCUCCUCAGAUAUGUUAUUAUGCCCGGCUGGUCUGAGAAGUCUAAAAUGGCUAAAUCCUGACAAGAUCCACUGUUAGUGAAUCCAGUUUUCUGAGUCAGUUGGACGUGUGGAUACAUUUUGCUAUUGUACCUUGUGAAAUUUAAAAAUGAUGUAGGAAUACUUGUAAUCAGUGCUGCUGAUCCUGUACAAAUCCACAUGCACAGCCUGUGCACACAGACACACUCAUAGUAACACUGUCCAAGGUUUACUUUCUGUGGUUGUGGGUCAAACCAGUCAUAAGUCCUGAUUAAUUCAAUUCUACUGAGUGUGAUUUACAGAUAAAUGCCGAUCUUCACUGAUUGCUGCUACCUGCCUUCACGUUCUAAUAUAGAGCCUCUAUAGGCAAAAUCUCAAAAGUGUGACUGACUUGUGGUGUUGAAUGUAAAUAAAUGGA